AUGAUCAACUAUACUGGCCAGUAUAUGGACAGUCUCAGAAGUAACUGGGUUCUUUAUGCGUCCACGGAUAUCGAGUUCCUGAAGGGCUUUUUACUCUCGGGCUGCCGCCACCUGGCUACUGUGUCACCGACCAAGGAGUUCAGCAGCCUGACAGCCCAGUACAAACUUCAACAUCUUCGAGACCUCCAGAAGGCCAUCUCGGAGAGGAGCGUAGAGUCAAGUCGUGCGGCUGUCGCGAAAGCGUUGGUCCUGGCGUCUGACGAUGUUGCGAUUCGGGACAUGGGCAUGGCAGCAAGCCAUCUGACGGGCGCUAUCAACAUCAUCAAAGCAGCGGGUGGACCAGAAGCGCUUUCCCUGAGUAACCUUGUCAAAUGCAUUCUGUUUAGUUGCGUGUACGGAAAACGAUUACUCGACUGGGACCCCAGCCAGCCGUCUCGGGAUGUUCCCCUGGGCUUCGGCAUCGAAGAUAUUAAAAGUUUCUAA